AUGACUGAACUCUCCACAGUUGUAGCAGGAACCUCUGUUUUAAUCAAAGUUCGUGCACAUAAUAUAAUAUGGUCGGUGCCUACAUUUAUCCAGUCCUGGGUGAAAGUUCUGUCAGUCCUCAGACAAGCUGUCAGUCAGAGAAUAACUGGUGGCAUGAGUAAAGUCAAGGGGUUAGUUGAACACUGGGAUGUAAACAAUGAAAACCUACAUGCGCAAUGGUACCAGAACAGAUUAUCAGAUAUGAAUUAUAACGUAGAAGUCUUUAAACAAGCCCAUAAAACAGAUCCUACUGUUAAACUAUUCCUCAAUGAUUACAAUGUUGCUCGCCUUGAUGUGCUAGCACAGGCCAAGUUGCCAAUCUGGAUCACAGAACUGGACGUCAUGGCAGCAGAUGAAAACACACGGGCGGAUUAUUAUGAAACCGCAUUGAGGAGUAUGUAUGGACAUCCGGCUGUGGAAGGAAUUAUAUUUUGGGGGUUUUGGGCUCCGCGCCACUGGAGGGGCGUGAAUGUUGCCGGGCGUCGAGUUCUAGAUCUGUUAGAGAACCAAUGGACUACGCACGAGACAAGAAAAACAACUAAAACUGGCACCAAUUAUUUCACAGUUAACGGUUUCCAUGGUGAUUAUCAGGUCAAGGUCAUGUACCACGGUCGGCGUGCUUGA